AUGAUGAAGAUCCAAGACUCUGCAUCCUGGGACCGCGUUGAUCAUGAGGAAGACCCUGAACCACAUGUAGAAGGCGUCAGCAUCUUGCCGUCCUGGCCAAACAAUGCGGGUAGCAUCCACAGCUCGACGCCCCCAGGUUCCAACUUGCCUUGGCUGGAUGGUGAAAACUGUGAGAGCACAGGGGCCCUAGUGGGUAAAGGGAGGGGUGGAAUAAACUCUAAUUGCGAGUCUAUAAGGGUUCAGUGCGGGAUUGGCGAACCCUCUGGCGAAGAAGUGCUGUUUGCCCCCGGGGAGGGUGAUGCCCGCGUUGGCGGCGCCCCUGUGGCUGCCCAGCCUGGCCUGCGGGCGGCUCUGCAGGCGGAGGGGGCGGCGGCCGCCGCGGCAGCCAGGUGGCGAAGCGACGAGGCGGCGAGGCGGCGAGGCGGCGAGGCGCCUCGGUCCGGCUGCCAGCGGCGGCUCGGCGUGGUCCAGCAGCGCCCGCCCAGGACAACCACUGCCAUAUUGGUGGCGGUGACCAGUAGGACCAGAAGGACCACCACCUAAUCGUCCUCAGGCCUGGGAUCCCCAACCAUUAUGGGUUGCUGCCUCCGACGGCUGCAGCUGCUCUCCACCUGCGUGGCCUUCUCCCUGGGGGCCAGCGUGGGCACCUGGCAGGGGCCCAUAGGUAACUGGUCCAUGUUCAUCUGGUGCUUCUGCUUCGUCGUGACCCUCAUCACCCUCAUAGUCGAGUUAUGUGAGCUCGAGGAUCACUUCCCCUUCUCCUGGGACAACUUUCUCAUCACCUGCAACUGCUACUCUGCCCUCCUCUGCCUCUCAGCCUCCAUCAUCUACCCCACCACCUACAUUCAGUUCUUGCCCGACAGCCGCUACCGGGACCGCGCUGUCACCUCCACUGCAUUCUCCUGCCUCGCUUUUGUGGCUUAUGCCAUGGAAGUGGCCUGGACUAGGGCCCAGCCCAACGUGAUCACAGGCUAUAUGGCCACCGUGCCAGGCCUGCUCAAGGGGCUGGAGACCACCGUGGCCUGUGUCAUCUUCGUCUUCAUCAGCAGUCCCUACCUGUACCUGCAGCAGCCGGCCCUGGUGUGGUGCGUGGCCGUGUACUCCAUCUGCUUCCUCCUGUCAUCUGUGGCCCUCCUGCUGAACCUGGGCAAGUGUGACAACAGGCUGCCCGUCCCCUUCCCCAUUUUCCAGGUUGUGCUCACCCUGCUCUCCGUCCUCCUCUACGCCACUGCUCUGGUCCUCUGGCCGCUCUACCAGUUCAACCAGAAGUUCGGCGGCCAGCCCCAGAGGUCCAGCGACGUGAGCUGCAGCGAUAGACUCACCUCCUUGGUGUGUACCUGGAACCAACGACUGGCUGUGGCCAGUCUGACAGCCAUCAACCUGCUGAUUUAUGUGACUGACCUGGUGUUCUCGGCCCAUCUGGAUUUUGUCAGGGGCUGA